GUCGUCAUGGCUGCUGUGGCACUCGUGCAGGGCUCAAGCAGGGGUCUGGGGUUAGAGUUUUGUCGAUAUUUGCUCUUAAACAAAUCUCCAGCAGCCAUUAUCGCGACAUGCAGAAACCCGGACGCCGCACAUGAGCUGUCCGCCCUGAGCGCGCAGCAUGCGGACAGACUGACCGUACUGAGACUGGAUGUCAACCGUGAAGAGGACAUCAAGACCGCAGCCGAGAGUGUCAAAACUGCCUUCGGAAAAGUGGAUUUGAUUAUUAAUUCUUCAGCUAUGCUUCAUCCGUCUGGUAAAGGAGAAACAAGUUUACGAGAUGUAUCAGCUCAGGGUGUCAUUUCUACUUUGACCACUAAUACGGUGGGUCCACUGGUGAUGGCCAAGUAUUUUGCCCCACUUCUUCAGAGGGGAACAGGGGCGUUUGGUCUGCAGCCUCCAGAGAAAGACAAACAGCACAGUGGCAUCAUGGUGAACAUGACCGCUCGAGUGGGAUCAAUAGGAGACAACGCUCUUGGAGGCUGGUACAGCUAUAGGAUGUCUAAAGCCGCCUUAAACAUGGCCACCAGAAACCUGUCCAUUGAGUUGGGCCGAGGACGCUCUAAAAUUGUUUGUGUGUCUCUGCAUCCUGGAACUGUGAAUACAGAUCUAUCUCGACCAUACCACCGAAAUGUACAAAAGGACAAGCUGUUUAGUACAGAGUACUCUGUCCAGUGCCUUAUGAACAUUAUAGACAAUCUAAAUAUAGACAAAACAGGGAAAGCUUAUGCAUGGGACAGCAGGGAAAUACCUUGGUAAACAGUCUCAUCAAAAAUACGUGCAUUCCUUGAAUAAUAUGGAAGACAAAGAAGGCUGCAAAGGAAAAAUACUGCAGAAACUUGUCAUCAGGCAAUUCAUUUAUUCAUAAUUUAAACAAAUGUAUUGUUUUAAUAGAUUUAUUAAAACGAUACAUUGGUUUUAAUAAUGAAUGUUGGAUAUCUAAAAAUCAAUCCAAGAGAUGUACACAUGCGUUCCAGGAAAACUUGCUGAAGUAAAUGACUGUUUUGACUGUAAGAACGGUAGUCUUCAGCUAAAACAAUAAUACAUAAAACGUAUUGGACGAGAAAGCUUGUUACAAUUUUCAGUGUGAUGAGUUCCUAAGAAUUCACUUGGGUUUUGUUAUCUUCUAAAUAAAGAUUUUACACAUGUUUAUGUGAAA